AAGUAGGCGGACCCAAGAUGGCAGCAUCUUGGUGGGACACAACAAGCUUCUCAUGUCGGGGACCGGAGCUGUGUGGAGCCGAGUGCGAAACCGGAUACAGGGCUUUCCGGAGAGGCUGGCGACCUGUGGGGUCGAGGCCGCGGCGUAUGGGAAAUGUGUCCAGGCUGCCACCGGCCCCGGCGGGGACCUGAGGAAGAACCUCUGUGCCAAGGAGUUUGAGGCUCUGCGGAAUUGCUUCGUGGCGGUUGCCAAGAAGACCUUGAACUGAGGCAUUAGGAUGGGCUUUCAAUCACUGGGAUUUACCUUCAGCUUGCCCAUUAGCAUGAAGUCAGAUUUUAACUACAGCACCAAGGUGUUGAACACCUGAAGCUCUUAGAAGUGAAACAAAACUGAUUUUUUGUUUGUUUUAUGAAUGUGCGUGUACUCAUACACACUUGCACAUACUCAUACACUAAUAUACACACACACACACAAAAGCCUAACAAAAUUAGCCAGGAUGGCGGUAGGAGUUAUUUUGCAAACUUUGUGUAAAUAAAGAUUUUGGUUAAGA